CCCGGACGUUUUGUUGUCACAACUUCCUGUUGUGUUGGUCUUCUUUCAAACCAGGAAGAUGGAUUUGGUGUCUAAGAAAUGGAUUUUUAACGUUCUGCUUUCUAUGUGUUUCAUCGGUGCUGCCUGUACUUCAGUGGAAAAGAAAAUCUACGUGCACCUCAAUAACACCGUCCCGUGCGUGCGACUGCUCAACGCCACGCAUCAGAUUGGCUGUCAAUCCUCCUUGUCCGGAGACGUGGGGGUGCUCCAUGUGCUUGAGUCAGAGGAAAACUUGGACUUUGUGCUGCGUACGGGUCUCCAUCCUCCCUAUAUGGUUAUCCUGGAACACCGGCUCUUCACCAGGUCCAUCAUGAUGAAGCUGAACAACGGCUCCAGCAGGGUGGCGGGCGUCGCUGUCGUGGCACCAGACGCCAACCCAGCGGAGGGCUUCUCUCCGCACAACACAUGUCCCAAUGAAAACACAGGUGUGUAUUCCGAGACCUACGACCCGGCCUUGGCUCACUGCAGCACGACGGUGUGGAAUCCUCUGGGCAACGGCUUGUCCUACGAGGAAUUUGACUUCCCCAUCUUCUCCCUGAAGGAUGACAACAAGACGCGCUUCAUCCGGCAGUGCUACUUUGAUCAUAACCGCAUGGUGAACGGCAGCUCCCCCCAGUACCCACUAUGUGCCAUGCAGCUUUUCUCACACAUGUCAGCCGUCACCAACACGGCCACCUGCAUGAGGAGGAAUGACCUCAACCUCGGCAUCACGCCGGAGUACGUUUGUGACCCACUGGGCGACUUCAAUGUUUGGGCCACUACCAGGCCACUCAACAACACAGCCAAAGGGCACAAGAUGUCGGAGAGCGUUGUCAUCGCAGCAACUCGGCUGGACAGCCGAUCGUUCUUCUUCAACAUUGCCCCCGGAGCGCAGAGCGCCGCCUCGGGCUUUGUCACCUUGCUGGCGGCUGCCCACGCCUUGCGCAACAUCACCCAGGAGGCGCCACCCAACCGCACCAUCCUCUAUGCCUUCUUCCAGGGGGAAACAUUUGACUACAUCGGCAGUUCCAGAAUGGUGUACGACAUGGAGAACGGGCAGUUUUUGGUGGACUUGGACAACAUUCACUCUGUGCUGGAGGUCGGACAGGUGGGCAUGCGUGCCAACUCACGACUGUGGCUCCACUCUGAUCCCGUCUCAAGGAGAAACGGCAGCAUUGAUGAGGAGGUGAAGACACUGGUGGAGAACAUCCGGUCGGCCGUGAUGACUUUAAACGUCUCGGCGAGCGAGCCGAACGUGUCACAGCCACUGCCGCCCUCGUCCUUCCAACGUUUCCUGCGAUCGCGGCCCAUCCCCGGCGUGGUGAUCGCGGACCACGAGUCGUCUUUCAGUAACAGGUUCUAUGAGAGCAUGUAUGAUAACGCAGAAUACAUGCGCGUCUCAUACCCACAGAACAUGACCCAAGAGGAGCAGCUGCAGUUUGUCACAGACACGGCCAAGGCUCUGACCGAGGUGGCCACCGUGCUCGCUCGAGCUUUGUACAAGCAGGCUGGAGGAGACCAAUCACAGCUCAGCGGCAUCAACGCUGACCCCCAAAUAGUGACUCAGAUGCUUUACUCAUUCUUGAUUCAGUCAAAUAACAGCUGGCUGCAGCAGAUAGUACCCAGUGACCUUGCCGGCCACCUGAAGAACACGGCCACAAACUUCUACGUGGGGGUGAUGCUGCAGUCGAGCGAGCCCACACACCUGGUGCAGCACCUGCUGGCCAACCUGACUGGCAACGUGGUCAACGUCACCCAGCAAGACUGCCAGAACCAGCGGAUGGAAGAGAGCGAUACCGUGAGCAAACACACGUACACAUACACGUGGGUUCAAGGUGCGGUGCCGCCCAACGCCACCGAGAGGGAGGGCUACUGCGUCCGCUCCACCGUGCACCUCUCUAAGGCCGUGUCACCCGCCUUUGACCUACGAGAGUUCACCUCCACGGACUACUCCACCUGGACAGAGUCCCGCUGGAAGACAAUCAAGGGCCGUAUCUUUCUGGUGGCCAGUCACGAGCUGGAGAUGGUGACUCUGGGUGUGGGUGUGGGCGUGCUGCUCACCUCCCUGCUGCUCACCUAUGUGAUCAGCUCCAAAGCAGACAUCCUAUUCAGCUCGCAGAGGGAGCCCACCAAUGCCACCUACUGACCACAAGUACCACAACUACAACUAGUACUACUACUACUACAUUUACCUGGCUGCAGACCCGGACCAUGUUGAUUCAAUCCAAAUCACACAAGCAGGUAAAACGCCCCUCUUGAAGGUUGUUUUAGACCUCAAAAUGGCGGCAGAGUGUCCCAAAAACGUCUGGUCAGGUACCAGCAGCAAGCCUCGAAAAGGAUGUUCAUAGUUCUUUUAAAUUAAUGUUCCUGCUUUUUAUUUUGGUUUGUACGAGCAAUGACAAGUAUGUGUUGGCGUCGAUAGUUGACUGUGUGUACAUGAGCAAUGAUAAAUGAGUGAGUGUGCGUGAACGCGAUUGUCGUGUGCAAUAGUGUAAUCUUUGUUGUAAAUAAUUGUAAUUAUCGCCACUGAUAAACCACUUUUCUCUCGAGUCACGUUGAACAAGAAGGUGGCAUUGUAGAUGUAAAGCUGGCACGUGUCCUAGAACAACGAUGUGUUUCGCACUGCUUACUUCCAUUUAGGUUGGACAUUUUUUGUUCUUUGGUUGUAGAGUCAUAAUUUCACAAUUGUUGACGUCAGCGGCAGGAACCUUUAACCUGCUGUGAUACCUUGGUGACAAAAUAAAUGCUGCUUUUACACUUUG